AUUGUUAUCUCACUGAAAUUGGAAUACAUUAAAUCAGACAUGUAUGUUGUUAUUGUGAUCUCGAUUCUAAUGCAUUUUUGUUGAUAUUGUAGUAUUGUAGAUCACUGUACAUGUGAUUAAUAAUAUUUACUUUGCUUCUGUUACAUUCAAAAUUCAUUGUAUAGCUUUCUAACAUUCAAGAACAUAAUAUCCAAUUAUUAAAAAUUCGGUCAAAAGCAACAAAGCUUAAUAAAAAGGUCAAAAAAUCAGUUUAGGUAAAAGGCUAAAAUAUUUUUGCAUAUGUAUUCAAAUUUUGCUUAUUUUAAAAUAAUCUAAAAACAAUGAAUGAAGAAAUUGAAAUAUUUUUAUAUGUUUGAUAAAUAUUUUUUACUAUAACACCAGAAUAGUUUCAAAAUUACUAUAACAUAUAUUAUUGUACAAAAAUCCGGCGCCUAGCAUAACAUAUAUUAUUAGUAUAGUCGUCGCGUUACAAUUUUCAUAUUAUUAUUUUUGAAAUGUUAAAAUUUUCAUGCAGCUAGCUAGCAUGCAUGCUAUGAAAGUUAAGAGAAUUGCGUAGACGAAUUAAUUAAUAUUCUGCAUCACCUAAUAAUUGCAACCUAAAAGCAAAUUUCCAUUAAUUCAACGUAACCUAAUCCUAUAAAAAGUAUACAUUCAGCUUUCGGAGUCAGUACUGGUCAAAAAGUAUAAUUUAAAAUUAUGUAUAUAUGUGUAUUGUAUAGGUUAAAGAAAGUACAUGGUUGUUGACACAUAUUAACUAAUAAUAUUCAAUCUGGCUUUAUAUGUCAAUGGAGCAAGUCGUCUCCUAUAUAUAUUUUUUUACUAAACAAAGAUCGUGAAAUUAAGAUUAUGAAUAAGUUUUGCUUGAAACAUUAAAAAAAUAUACACACCCAAACCUAUUCCUUCACUUCAACAACUAAAUUGACAUGCAUGCAUAUAUAUCCUACAUGCAAGACUUAGGAUUCAUUAUCCUCAGAAUAUCUAGUUUCUCCUUUGAAUAUUUUCCAAAUUCAACUUGCAAGGUCAACCCUAAUUUGUAGUCUUCUUCUGAGUCUCAGUUAUUUCCUAUGGAUAUCGAAAAGGCAGGGAGCAGAAGAGAAGAAGAAGAACCCAUUGUCCAAAAGCCAAAGCUAGACAAAGGAAAAGGCAAAGCUCAUGUGUUUGCUCCUCCCAUGAACAACAGUCGAAUUAUGGAAAAACAUAAGCAAGAAAAGGUGAGCAUGCCUGGGUGGAAAAGAGGCGUGGCUAUCGUCGAUUUUGUUCUUAGACUCAUUGCAGCCAUCACGGCCAUGGCCGCUGCAGCAAAGAUGGCAACCACGGAAGAGACUCUCCCUUUCUUUACUCAGUUUUUGCAGUUCAGUGCUGACUACACCGAUCUACCAACGCUUUCAUCUUUUGUUGUAGUAAACUCAAUCGUGGGCGGCUACCUAACCCUAUCAUUGCCUUUUUCCAUUGUCUGUAUCCUCCGGCCUCUCGCAGUGCCACCUAGGCUCUUCCUCGUCUUAUGUGACACGGCGAUGAUGGGCCUCACUAUGAUAGCGGCAUCUGCUUCUGCAGCCAUAGUUUAUUUGGCGCACAAUGGGAAUUCAAGCUCGAACUGGCUUCCCGUUUGCCAGCAAUUCGGUGACUUUUGCCAAGGAACCAGCGGCGCCGUGGUGGCUUCCUUCAUUGCAGCAGCUCUUCUCAUGGUCCUCGUCAUUUUCUCUGCGUUUGCUCUCAAGAGAUCGACGUGAAAAUUUGUAUUUGUGCCUAUUAAAUUCCUGUGUGCUCUGAUAUUCAUUUGUGUGAAUUUGAAAAGAGUAAGAUAUAUGAUUUGGUUUUUGUUAAGUUGUGUAACUCGGGUUUGUAUUGAGAAUUGUGUUGUAAAUCAAUCAACUCACAAAAAGAAUGAUAAUCGUUAAUCUCGUA